UCUAACUCCUCUCUCUCUCUCUCUUCUUCGCCAAAGCUUCUUUCGUCCUGCUCUUUUUAUUCGUUUCUCCUCCCAAAUGUAUAUUAUCCGCCAUUAAACUCCUUGAAGCUACCCUCCUUUCUGCGUCUUGAGCACCUUGCGCAGAUGAGGCAGUAAAGAUUUUGAUUGGCUGCUCCGCUCCGUCCCUCGCUUAAGUUGAGAGAGAAAGCGGCCAUUGUUUCUUGCAAUGAGGUCGGAGGUGCGGCUGGAUUCGGCGGUCUUCCAACUCACGCCGACUCGGACUAGGUGUGAUUUGGUGGUUAUAGCUAAUGGGAAAACAGAGAAGAUUGCAUCUGGUUUAUUGAAUCCUUUUGUUUCCCAUCUGAAGACCGCUCAGGAUCAAAUUCGAAAAGGUGGAUACUCUAUCAAACUUGAACCAGAUCCAUAUAGUGACGCGGCAUGGUUUACGAAGGGCACGGUAGAGAGGUUUGUUCGUUUUGUGAGCACACCAGAGGUCUUGGAAAGAGUUAAUACCAUAGAAUCUGAAAUUUUACAGAUCGAGGAGGCAAUCUCAAGUCAAGAGAAUGAUAAUCUUGGGCUUAGCACUUUGGAAGAACAGCCAAGAUCAUUUGGAGGCAGUGGAGGUAACAUGCAGAUGAAUGGUGUGGAUAAUGAAAAAGCGAUAGUUCUUUUUAAGACUGGAUCUCAUUCAAACCCAGCAGUGACUAAUGAAUCCAAAGUGCAUGAGGAGAACUCUAAAGUUCAGCUUGUAAGAGUUCUUGAGAGCCGCAAACAAGUUUUGCAAAAGGAACAGGCAAUGGCCUUUGCACGUACUGCAGCAGCUGGCUUUGAAAUGGAAAACAUAGCCCAUUUAAUGUCAUUUGCUGAGUCUUUUGGUGCUUUCCGAUUGAGGGAGGCAUGCUCUCGCUAUAUGCUGUUAUGGGAGGUAAAACAUGACAGUGGACAAUGGAUUGAAGUUGAAGCCGCAGAAGCAUUGUCCUAUAGAUCUGAGUUUCCUCCAUUGAAUGCGGCUGGAAUUGUUUUUUCCGAGGAUGUCAUGAAACAAAAAGUGUUCAUUGAUGCAUGGUCUGCAUCUGGCAGAGAUGUGAGCAUGGAAAACAAUGGAAAUGCAACAAGCCUGGACAAUGAUAGAGAUAAAAAGCUUUUUUCAGAGCCUCAGGCGCCCCAUAAACAGCCUGCGUAUGAAGGACAGAUUCAGCACCCACCAUUCUCACAAUGGCCUUCGCAUUCUCAGCCAAAUCCAUAUUUCUUUCAACCAUAUCCAAUGCAAGCUAUGCCCUUCUAUCAGAAUUAUCCAAUGGAUGGUCAAUUCCUCCAUUCGCUAUAUCCUCCAAUGGAAGAUCCUAAGUUAAAUAUUCAUCAAAGCAAGGGAAAGAAGCAACAUUCUAAGUAUAGCAAAGAUGGUAGUUCCUACUCGGAUGAUGGUACAGGUCAAAAUACAUCAGAGUAUGAGGAAGAGCCUUCAAGAGUUCGCAGAUCAGACCAAAAGGCUGGUCAUUCUGGAAAGAAAAAGGGUGUAGUGGUUAUUCAGAACUUAAAUUAUAUUCCAGCUAAGAGAAAUGAGGUAUUGGGAAACAAAUCAGAAUCUACUUCCGACUCUGAAACUGACAACAUUAUAGAAAUGUUUUUUGACCAUGGAGGGAGGGAACAGAAGUCGUCAGAAUCUUUAAAAAGAGAAAAUAAUCACCAAGAAACUACUGAGUCCUCAAAUGCACAUGGCAAGAAUGAAGAGCUUUAUAUACAAGAAGCAGAAGCUGGAAACUGGCAAGCAUUCCAGAGUUUUUUACUGGAGGCUGAAGAGAAAGUGACCAGUGCUAUUGAUGGAGGCAUAUUUGCUGGUGAGAAGGAACCUCCAUUAAAAAAGGCUCAUAAUAAAGAUGGUCCUGAUCCUAUCCUCCUUUCUACAAGGGAUUCUGGUAAUUAUCAGGAAGAAAGUAUCAUGGAGUACGAUUCAUUUAGUAACAAGGGAAGCCGAACCAAGCAGGCAGUUUCUACUGAUGAAUUUUUAGUAUCAACUGAAGGUAGAGUUCACUUGAACAGUCAGGCAGAUGCGCAGUUUAAAGAAAUAGAUGUUGGAGUUGGUGGAUACAGAAAAGUUAUAAGUGAUGAUUUCAUCAUGUAUGGACUGGAGAAGCAAAUGCCCAACAAGAUUUUUUCAGAUCCUCUAGUGGAUUUUGAACAUGAGAAAGGAAAUAAAUUUGAUAAGAGUUCCCCACCAAAUGUCAUUGAUGAGUCUUUUGUGGUUCCUACUGAAGGUAGAGUUCACUUUAACAGUCAAGCAGAUGCUGAGUUCAAAGAAAUAGAUGUUGGAGUUGGUGGAUACAGAAAAGUUAUAAGUGAUGAUUUCAUCAUGUAUGGACUGGAGAAGCAGAUGCCCAACAAGAUUUUUUCAGAUCCUCUAGUGGAUUUUGAACAUGAGAAAGGAAAUAAAUUUGAUAAGAGUUCCCCACCAAUUGUCAUUGAUGAGUCUUUUGUGGUUCCUUGUAGGUUGGGAACCCAAGAUCAGAUUGGAGUAGGCACAAGAUUUGCUAUUGACAUGGAUUCUGAGUUCCGAUCAGCUCCACAGAAAGAAAAGGAUUUUUUGAGCAAGGCUAUAAGUAUGGUCAGCUAUGAGCCAGAUGACUUAACCUUGAUUCUUGAACAUACAAGAGAGAGUGAAUUAGUUGGCUAUAAUCAAACAGUAGAUUAUGACAUUCAGGUUCCUCUUAUUGCCAUGCAAGUAAGCAAGAAGGAAGAAGAUGAUGUCUUAGCAAGCACCAAUGAGGCCUUCAUUAAAAGUGAUGAAGUAAAGCUAAAGUCUCUUCAGAGUGAAUUGGAGAAGAAAAGAAAGGAUACAAGUAUGAGGAAGAUGACAUCAUUGAGGCCUACCACACUGAUUGAAGCACAGAAGAGAGCAGAGAAGUUAAGAAACUAUAAAUCUGAUCUUCAAAAGCUGAAGAAAGAACAGGAAGAGGAAGAGAGAAGAAGAUUGGAAUCUUUGAAAAGAGAACGACAGAAAAGGAUAUCUUCAAGAAAUGGUCCAAGAGCUUUUCAAUCAUCAACUAACACGCAACAAUCCAACCUUGAAAAAAGCUCCAAAGUUAGAGACUCAGAAAUUGGAUCAAAUUUGCCUCUGCAAAAGUUGCCAAUAUCUGGUUCAGUAGGGUCCAUUGUUUCUAACAAAGAUAUUAAAACCAUUACAUCAAAUAAAUUGAAUCAUGGAGUAUUAUCAUUGGCGGAGUUGAAAGAGAGUGAGAAACAAGAGGGGUAUUCAGUUUCUGCAAGAAUUAGAAGACUUUCAGAACCCAAAGGCAGCAGAGUUCAUGGUGUUCCAGCUAAAUCAGCAAGUUCUAGUCAAGUGAUAAAGAAGGCAUUAGAUGAGGAUCCUAGAUCAAAAAUGAUACAGCUAGACAAAAAAAACUCAGAAACCAUGCCAGAGCUAAUGAUAGCAGCAGAUAGCAGCUAUUCAGAGGUACUUCAGAACAAGUCAAGCAGCAUGCAACAGAGAGUGAAUGGAGGUGGAAUUUCUAUGAUUUCGGAAAGUCACUGCACUGAAACAAAUCCAGAGAAGAACCCAAAGCUUAGCCACACUGACGAGUAUCCUUUGAUUGAGAAGACUGUAGUGAUACUUGAAAAUGAAGUUGUCCCUGCUCUUCAUGCUCAGACAUCCGAAGGGAGGAUAGAUGCAGUAGUUGAGUCACCCAGGGGUACCAAAAUGGAGAGUGCUACCAUAGAUGUUGGGUAUGCUGCUAUCUGUGCUUCUUCACCCAUUGGUAGAGUAGAAAGGGAAAAUCAAACUGAAGAAAACCAGAAUGAUCCAAUCAACUCUUUUGAGGUUAAUUCUCAGAAGUUGCUGGAACCUGCUGUCACUGAGAAGCCUUAUCAGGCUCCAUUUGCAAGAGCAUCAUCCUUGGAAGAAGAAGCUGCUACUGAUAUCCUUCAAUAUGCUGAAACACCCCAUGAUUCCAAUCCUGAAACGACUAUGAUUACUACAGAGACUAUCAAGGCCUCAUAUUUAAGCUCUUUACCCUUACCCCAAACGACAGAAACUGUGGAGAAGCCGCAAAAUCAAAAAGGUCUCAGAAAGUUAUGGAAAUUCGGCAGAAAGGGCCACAACUCUCAGCUAAUGACAUCGUCGUGACUCCAAAUGACAGUAAGAUUCUUUUUUGUGUAAGUUGAGAAUUUAUGGAAGUUGUGUAUUUGCUUGAAUUCAUUUGUUUAUAAAAAUUAUAGCUCAUGUACAACUGUUUUCAUCUGCAAUUUGGUGAGACAGAGAAAUAAACUUUCAUAAAUUGAGAAUUUAAGUAGCUUACAACGUGAA